GGAGGAAAGAGCAGUAUCUCUAUCUUUCUUUGCAGACCACGCUGCUAAACAGCGAGGGGAGGCUCAUGCUUCCCUAAUAUCCAUCACUCCCUGCUUCCAGCGUGGUCGCAGACAGAGCAACAAAGAGGGUCUCAGAGAUGGGAAAUUCUUACGCUGGUCAGCUCAAGACAACACGGUUUGAAGAGGUGUUGCAUAAUUCUAUUGAGGCCUCUCUCCGCUCAAACAACUUAGUUCCCAGACCAAUCUUUUCUCAGCUGUAUUUGGAAGCUGAACAGCAACUAUCAUCACUGGAAGCAGGCAGCAGAGCAGAUAAUGAGGAAGAGGAGGAAGAAGAGGAGGAAGAAGAAGGCUCAGAAUCAAGCAGUCCUCCUGUUUCUUACCAGAUGAAGCCUCCCCCAGAAGGAUGUUGCACUACUGAUGGUUUCUGCCAGGCUGGUAAAGACUUGAGAUUGGUUUCAAUUUCUAAUGAACACAUUGAGGUGCCAUCUGGAUUUUUACUUGUUGGUGCAAAGUCACCAAAUUUGCCUGAUCACCUGUUAGUGUGUGCUGUGGAUAAAAGAUUCCUGCCAGAUGACAAUGGGCGCAAUGCCCUGUUGGGCUUCUCUGGCAAUUGUGUUGGCUGUGGCAAGAAGGGUUUCUGCUACUUUACAGAAUUCUCAAAUCACAUUAAUCUUAAACUGACCACUCAGCCCAAGAAACAGAAACACUUAAAGUAUUAUCUGGUCAGGAAUGCACAGGGAGCUCUGACCAAAGGAUCUGUAAUCUGCUGGAAAGGGGCAGAGUUCAGAGGCCGGCAGUCUUCAACCAGUACCUGCUCAAGCACCUUGUUCCAAUUGCCAGAAAGUUCAGGCCUCUCAGGAAGCACCUCCAGCGAGCCUCUCCCACCUGCAAAUCCCAGUGCUCCUGCUGGGACUCAGCAAACAGCUGCAGCUGUAGAUCACAUCCCUUCAACAGCUGCAUUCAGCUCAGCAGUUUAUAAUGGAAAAGAAUCACCUAAACAGCAGUUGAUGAAAAAUAACCUGUCUGCUCUGACAAGACCUUCAGUGUUAGGCACAUUAACAAAUACAGGGCCUCCAAAAAAGCGCCAUAAAGGUUGGUCACCAGAAUCUCCAUCAUCCACUGAAACUUGGAACUUGCAGCUCAAUCCACAGGCUCCAAACAGAAUUAAAAAUGAUGGAGGAAGCCUGUCAUCCUUCCCCCAUUCUCCUUUGGUGGGACCAGCCUCCUCUCCAAUGGUGGGCUCGGGAGAACCAGUCUCAGUUCCUGACAACUUGCUGAAAAUCUGUAAAGCAAAACCAGUCAUUUUUAAAGGUCAUGGAAACUUCCCAUAUCUUUGUGGGAACAUUAAUGAUGUGAUAGUGAGUCCUUUGUUGUACACCUGUUACAGAAAUUCUCAGUCUUUAUCCAGAGCAUAUGAACAAUACGGUGCAUCCACAAUACAGCCUAUUUCUGAGGAAAUGCAGCUGUUACUGACUGUCUACUACCUUGUUCAACUAGCUGCAGACCAAGUCCCUUUGAUUGAGGAUUUGGAGCAAAUAUUCAUGCGCUCCUGGCGGGAAUCGCACCUGUCUGAAAUCCGUCAGUACCAGCAGGCUGUUCCCCAGGCCUUUCCCCAGGUGCCCAGCCAGAUCACCCCGGUGACUUCAGCCCAGCUGCCCUGGCUGGCAGGGCUGGCAGCCAGCUCCUGUAAUGACAGCGUCCACAUCAUUGAGUGCAGCUACUCCCUGGCAGAAGGGCUUUCAGAAAUGUUUAAGCUACUCAUUGAAGGGAAAUUAAUUAAGACAAACUAUGUGGUGAUCAUAUGUGCCAGUAGAAACCGAGCCAUUGAUUCCUGCAUUGUGAUAACAGGAAAGUAUCAGGCAAGAGUUCUGUCUGAGAGCAUGCUCAGUCCUUCAGACUACCAAAAAGAAGUUAACUAUCAGCUGGUCACAGGGAAGGUGGAAACUCUGGGGUCCUUCUUUAGCACACUCUGCCCAGAGGGUGACAUUGAUCUUUUGCUGGAGAAAUUUUAUCAAGAAAACCAAGGACACAUAUCUUCAUCACUUUCUGCUUCAAUAAAUAAACCAACAGCAGUGAAUGGAGCUGGAACAGCUGUGUGUACAAGUUAUGAGAUUGAACGACAUCAAAUUCGUCCAUUCCAGCUAGCAGUGGCUCAGAAAUUGCUGUCUCAUAUUUGCUCAAUUGCGGACUCCAGCACUCAAAAUCUUGAUUUGGGUUCCUUCGAGAAAAUUGAUUUCUUGAUUUGUGUUCCACCCUCCGAAGUGACUUAUCAACAGACUUUGUUUCAUCUCUGGCACUCAGGUAUAUUAUUAGAACUUGGAUUAGAAAAGGAACAUCUUACAAAGCAGAGAGUGGAACAGUAUGUUAUGAAAAUAGAUGCAGAAGCCCAAAUUAAAUUCAAAGUCUUUUUACAAAACUCUAUGCAGAAUCCACACACACUGUUUGUCCUAAUCCAUGAUCAUGCACACUGGGAUCUAAUGAGUGCUAUGCAUAGUCUUUAUCCUCAAACAGAGCUGUCGACAGGACUUGUUGAUAGACUGUUGAACUGCAGGGAGGUGAAAGAGGCACCAAAUAUUGUGACCCUCCAUGUGACUUCCUUCCCCUAUGCGCUGCAGACACAGCAUACUCAUAUCAGCCCUUACAAUGAGAUCCACUGGCCUUCUUCAUACAGCAAUGGUGUAGAUUUAUACCAUGAAAACAAGAAAUACUUUGGACUGUCAGAAUUCAUUGAGUCCACUCUCUCUGGACAUAGUAUUCCACUGCUUCGGUACGACAGCUCAUUUGAAGCAAUGGUCAUGGCUUUGGGAAAGAGGUUCCCCAGAUUACACAGUGCAGUGAUAAGGACUUUUGUCCUCAUCCAACACUACUCUGCAGCUAUGAUGGCAGUGUGUGGUCUUUCUCAGAUGAAGAAUUACACCUCAGUUGAAACUCUGGAAAUCACCCAAAAUCUAAUAAACUCUUCAAGACAAUGUCCUAGUGGUCAUGGCCUCAUGGUAGUGUUGAGAAUUCCAUGUAUCCCGCUGGCUGCAGUGGCAUAUGAACGUCUGUACAAUGUAAGGGAAAGACUGGCCCUUGAAGAUAACUUUGAAAUAAUCUUGGGAAAUCCUAAUUCUGGAAUCACAAUCGGGAAGCACUUUGUGGAACAGCUAAAGAUCUGGCAGAAAAUUGAGGAUGUAGAUUGGAGGCCUCAGACCUAUUUGGAAUUGGAAGGUUUGCCUUGCAUAUUGAUAUUUAGUGGGAUGGAUCCACAAGGAGAGUCUUUGCCACGAUCACUGAGAUACUGUGACCUACGCUUAAUAAAUUCAUCUUCUUUGGUACGGACAACCCUGGAGCAAGAACUUGGUUUGGCAGCAUACUUUGUGAGCUCAGAAGUUCACACAGAGAAAGCAGUUGUGAAUGAUGUGUUAGAAAGUGACCCAGAGAAACUAAGCAGUACUGACAAUGAAGAUGAAGAAAUAGCAACAGAAGGUUCUACUUCAGAAAAGAGAAGUCCUAUGAAAAGAGAAAGAUCGCGUUCCCAUGACUCUGCAUCUUCAUCUCUCUCUUCAAAAGCUUCCAUUACAGCAUUCUGCACUGAGUCAUCUCCUCCCCAAGCCCUAAGUAACAGCGCUGAAGAAGCUACAAACAACUAUGAAAGGCAGAAGCAGAAAGUAGACAAGGGGGCACAAACAACAAUCAGCAAACAGUUGCCACCAGUAACUGAACAGCUGGAUAUGAAACAAAAUGUAAAAAGUGCCCAAGUCUCCAUCACCUCAUCAUCCUCCUCACCUUUCUCCUCCUCUUCUUCCUCCUCUGCACCUACUCAUAACUCCUUCAUUCUACAGACGUCUCAAUGCUCCAUGACCAAAGCAUCAAAACAGCCUCCCAUAGUCUUCCUGCCCAAACUGGUUUAUGACAUUAUAACUUCUACAGACAGCAGUGGACUUCCCAAAUCCUCUUCUCUCUUGCCUUACCAUUCUGUUAUGUGGGCAAGUUCUUUUCGUCCUCUAAUGAGUAAGAUGAUGACGUGCACGGAGCAGUCUCUGUACUACCGCCAGUGGACAGUUCCCAAGCCAAUCCACAUGGACUACAACAACAGAAAUGAGGGAAGAAUGGACACCUUUCACCCAAGGAGACUGCUGCUGAGUGGGCCACCACAGAUAGGGAAAACAGGUGCCUAUCUGCAGUUCCUCAGUAUUUUGUCCCGAAUGCUGAUUCGACUGACAGAAGUGGAUGUUUAUGAUGAGGAAGAAAUCAACAUUAACAUUAAAGAAGAAUCUGAUCAAUACUACCAUCAGCCUGGAGAUAUUUGGCCAGAUUUGGAGACAUUUAGGAAGAUGCCUUUUGACUACACCAUCCAUGAUCCAAAGUAUGAAGAUGCAAGUCUGAUUUGUUCAAAGCUUCAGACUAUAAACAGUGAAGACAGGUCAGUGAGCAGGAGACAGGAAGAUAUGUACACGUGCCGACAAACAACUAGGAUGAGAUUGUCCAAGUAUGCAGCAUAUAACACCUACCAUCACUGUGAACAGUGUCAUCAGUAUAUGGGUUUCAAUCCCAGGUACCAGAUUUAUGAGUCCACUCUGCAUGCAUUUGCAUUUUCCUAUUCUAUGCUGGGAGAAGAGAUACAGCUGCAUUUUAUCAUUCCAAAAUCAAAGGAGCAUCAUUUUGUCUUUAGCCAACCAGGAAGACAAUUGGAAAGUAUGAGGCUACCACUAGUGACAGAUAAGAGUGAAGAUUACAUAAAAAGCCCCACUUUUACUCCCACCACUGGUCGUCAUGAACAUGGACUUUUCAAUUUAUAUCAUGCAAUGGAUGGAGCCAGUCAUUUGCAUGUUUUAGUUGUCAAGGAGUAUGAAAUGGCCAUAUAUAAGAAGUAUUGGCCCAACCACAUCAUGCUUGUUCUUCCAAGCAUUUUCAACAGUGCAGGAGUGGGUGCUGCACACUUCCUGAUAAAAGAGUUGUCUUAUCAUAACCUGGAGCUCGAGCGGAAUCGUCAGGAAGAGCUGGGGAUAAAACCCCAGGAUAUUUGGCCUUUCAUUGUCAUUUCAGAUGACUCCUGUGUUAUGUGGAAUGCAGUAGAAGUUGAUUGUUCAGGAGACAGGAAAAGUGACUAUACAUGGACUGAAAGGAAUGUUUCCCUGAAGCAAAUUCUGCAACGUAUUGAAGCAACUCCCAAUGUCACUCAUUAUGCCCUUAUUGGGAUGAGGAAAUGGUCCAGUAAAACAAACAGUGCUGAGAUCAAGGAACCAUUCUCCUGCUGCCAUGUGCAUGACUUCAUUAUGCUGAAUGUGGAUCUGACACAGAAUGUACAGUACAAUCAGAACAGAUUUACAUGUGAUGAUGUUGACUUCAACUUGCGUGUCCACAGUGCUGGCCUUCUCAUCUGUAGGUUCAACCACUUCAAUGUCAUGAAAAAGCAAAUUGCAGUAGGAGGACAACGAUCCUUCCACAUAAAGUCUAAGGUAUCUGAUACUCCAGUUUCAAUCUCCCCUGCUCAGUACAUUUGUGCACCUGACAGCAAACACACCUUCUUGGCAGCACCUGCUCAGUUGCUCCUUGAGAAGUAUCUCCAGUAUCACAGCCAUCGCUUCUUCCCUCUCUCACUGAAGAAUUAUAGCCAUCCAGUGCUCUCUGUGGACUGUUACCUUAACUUAGGACCACAGAUUGCAGUUUGCUACGUGAGUUCUCGGCCUCAUUCUCUGAAUAUCAGUUCCUCUGGUUUGACAUUCAGUGGUCUCCUGCUGUACCUCUGUGACUCCUUUGUUGUAGCUAGCUUUUUGAAGAAGUUUCAUUUUCUUAAAGGUGCCACUCUGUGUGUGAUCUGCCAGGAUCGCAAUUCUCUCCGCCAGACUGUUGUCCGGCUGGAGCUGGAAGAUGAAUGGCAGUUCCGUCUGCGGGAUGAAUUCCAGACUGCCAAUGCCAAAGAGGACAGACCACUUUUCUUCCUGACUGGACGACACAUUUAAUUGAAAAGAAACACAUUUCCUGAAUGACAAAAGACACUAAUUGCUACCAUCCCAUGAAAUUACUUUUGAGAGGCUCUGCUUUCUGAACAGGAACAGGACUGUUUUCUGUUGUUUAUUAGAAUGAUAUCUAGUCAGACAGUUUAAGAUCAUAUUUACAAACAAUGAAGUGACUUUUCUAAUUUAAUGUUCUGAUGGAAAUAAUCCCUAAUUCUUGAUAGAGACACAGAGACUUACAUGGUGGAAAGCAUUUCAUAGCAGAAGAGAGGUCAAUGAGUGCACUUCUUCUGUGACAAAGCAGACCACUUCAAAGUUCAUAAAGAAAAAGGUUAGGAAACUUUUUUGCACAUUCCAGACAUAGGAAAUGUAAAUUUAGAAGCAGAUUCUGGUUUACAGUUUUAUUUAUCAAACAGUUGGCAUAGGAGUUGGUACGAUUCUAUAGUAUAUUGCUUCUGAUUGAUCCAGGUAGGCUUUUUAUAUGAAGAUUUGUAAAGUAUAUUUCUUUAAUAACAGGAACUCAAUUGAAGCUUUAAUUUUUGGAAUAAGUGCUACACUGGAUAGUUUUACCAUGCAGCACUGUUGGAGUAGAAAACUGUCUGGUUUUAUGAUCAUAAGGGAAGGAGUUAACAAGGUAGAUGGUAAAAUGAGAUCUGAACAUUUAAACCUGAGACUGAUAUUAACUUGAAUAACUGAAGAGACCAAAUGGUGGGCCUGACCUGCAAGUGAUUCAUUUCUAAAACAGUGAUGUUUUGUGACUGAACUGUAGACUGGCUAUAGACUUCAAACUGAGGCAAGUGCACUCAGGAAAGCAGAUAAGAUGGUUCUGAAACACUCCCAAUACACUUUCUGGGGAUAUUUUCUUGCCAAGGUGCUUCAAAGGAGUGAGAAAAUGGAGAUUACAUUGCUGAGAAAUUCAGGUGAAAAUCUAAACACAUGUUCUAGAACAGCACCGGGCAUUGUGAUAUUUCAUAUGCUCUAAAUGUUAAAUUGGUGGUCACUGUCUGUCUUGGUGUUUGGAAAUGCUACCUAAGUUGCAAGCUUCCCAUUUGUCUUUGUAGAAUCAGUCUUAAUGUCACUCAAUCAAGGUGUAGGAAGGAUGAGUAUAGACAUUGUCAGAGGAUAUUUAAUAUUUGGGCAGGCCUUUCUUGCUGGAUACACCAAUGGGGGGAUCAUUGACUUUGUACAGAUGAAAAGCCAUUGGAUGGCUGAGUCUGUUACAGUACUGGCCUUGAAACUCAGGCAUUGGUAUGACUAUGCCAAAGAGCUAAUUUAGAUUAAUUUUCAGAGAAAAUGUAAGUUCUGUAAGCUGUGAAUUCUGUAAGAGACAUGGAUUGCUAUCUACAAGGAAACUGCUAGCAAUCAGUGUGCUUCUGUAUUUCAUUGUCUGUGUUUCAGAGUGAGAAUUCACUUUAAGUUUUGUGAAGGAAGGUGAGCAUUGUCCUAUGUAAAUAGUAUUACUGUUCAGUUUUCACCAGCUGAUUAGUUAAUUUAAACUUUUUUUAAGGAAGUGCGACAUUUAUGUCUGAUCCACCCUUUAUAAAUAAAGUUCAUGCUGCAUGGA